GUUGUCCUGUCACAGGGGGUUGGCCCGUGGAGCAGCUCGCCCGGCCGCUGCCGCUGAGUGAGAGUCUUGGGGAGGCCCGAGGCCCGCGCCCCUUCCUCUCGGUCGCGCCUUCGCCGGCCCCGCAGCGGGCGGGGCGAUGCAGCCUCCGGGCCCCCAGCAGCCGCCCCUCUACGCGCCCAGCAACGGGGACUUCACCUUCGUCUCCUCGGCCGAGGCGGAAGUACCAAAAUAUGUAGUAAAGCUUUUGUUUUACAAUUGUAGGGAGGAACUGGACAUUGAUUUGAAGGAUAUUUACUACAAAAUUCGAUGCGUGUUGAUGCCUAUGCCAUCUCUUGGGUUUAAUAGACAGGUAGUGAGAGAUAACCCUGAUUUUUGGGGCCCUCUGGCAGUUGUCCUCUUCUUCUCAAUGGUUUCAUUAUAUGGACAGUUUAAGGUGGUUUCUUGGAUUAUAACUAUAUGGAUAUUUGGAUCCUUGACAAUUUUUUUAUUGGCCAGGGUUCUUGGAGGAGAAGUUGCAUAUGGGCAAGUUCUUGGUGUGAUAGGAUAUUCUCUACUUCCACUCAUUGUAAUAGCACCUGUCCUCUUGGUGGUUGGAUCAUUUGAAGUUGUAUCUACACUAAUAAAACUGUUCGGAGUCUUUUGGGCUGCAUACAGUGCUGCUUCAUUAUUAGUCGGAGAAGAAUUUAAGACUAAGAAGCCCCUUCUGAUUUAUCCAAUCUUUUUAUUAUACAUCUACUUCUUGUCCUUAUACACUGGGGUGUGACCUGAAGUCUUGGAUGUGGCCAGAAACAAUAUUUUAUUCACAUGCAGACUGGUAAAACAUAAGAUUAAGGAGGCUGGAGAAAAUAGGAGUGACUGUUUUGUAUCCAGUUGUUGAAAAGUUUUAAGACCUAAACACAUAUUUGUGUAUAUUAUUUAAUUAAGCAAUUAUAGCUAUGUGGAUUUGUAUCAGAGUUCUAGGUUUAAGAUUCUUUAGAUUUUCAUGAAAUAAUAUAAGAACUUUGUGCUUUAUAAGAUUGUGUAGCAAAAAUACAGCUUGAUACCUGUGCCAUAAGCACCAGGACCAGAUUACUAUAUUACAUUGAACGGGAAUAUGAAAAAAUAUUGGUAAUGGUCUCAAAGUGCAAUUUUUCUUUUCAGUUAAACACAGCUGGCUUUUUUGGCACAGCAAAUUCUGUAUAUAUUCAUGAAACAAUCCUGAUGGUUCACAGAAUAGGCUCUAUAAUUGAGACAUGAAGAUAUUAGUAUUUUUUAUGUUAGAGCCCCAGAUUUAUUUGAUUUGGCUUUUGAGAUUUUAUAAAUUCUAAUUUACUUUGGGGGAAAAAAGUGUACAUGUGUAUUUUGUAUCUAUUGCUUGUGUGUAGCAGAUAUACUCCUUGUUUAAGGAUGUACAUUGGGUUUUCAACACUUGAAGACCCAAGCAUUUGAAUUCAAAUUUGCAUUUAUAUCUCUGCCCAACGGAGCAAGACAUAUACUGUGUGACAUUAAUUCAUUAAAUGGCUUAUUUGUGGAAUCAAAUUAUUUCAUAUUUAACAAGAUCUGAAUUUGAAGUCACACAAAACAACUUUCAACUGCAGCAUUGGAGUAAGGUGUGGGAGAAGGAAGAUAAUGUAUCAAAUUUGUGACCUUGAGCAAUGUUUUAAAAUGACAAAAUAAACAGAAUGCUUCCCUAACCUUGUAUCUGUUUCGUAACACCUUGUUCUAUAUUGCUUUUAAUGGUAUGUAAUUUAACCAAUCAGGAGUGUUUUUUCUAAUAUACUGUUCAUCUUUUGUAAAAUGAAAUAUUAAGAUUCUUAAAAGCCUGAUUCUGCCUCCAUUGAGUAAGUAAGGCAGAAUUAGGGACUUAGCAACAAAUUUUCACACUAAUUUUGACUAUCAAAUUAGGUAAUAUUGUGAUAACAUUAAAUACUUCCUGUGUAUACCAUAUAAAUUGUUUAUGUAAUGGUUUAUGUUGAUAAUAUUAAUGGAAAUUAUGGAAAGAAAAAUUAUUGAAGGUAACUUAGCAUGAUAUUUACUUUAUUGAAGUAAAGUUGUUUGCUACCUUUAGUAGGUAAUAUUUGGAAAUAGGUUUUGACUGACUUGCAAUUUUUUUUUUUUGCGAACUUUUGUCUCUUAAAAAUAAUAGUAAUAGUACAACCAGAGAUCCUUACUGCAAAUAAUAAAAACUUAUCAACCAUUACAAGGUGAUAUGAGGAACUGCCUAUUCUCUGUAGUAGUCAAACUACUGUGAUUUAGCUUAAUUCUGCAAUAUUUUUAAUAAAAUUAUCCAUAUAACUUGAAACCUUAAUUAUUAAUUUUAUAUAAUUUAUAAUAAUACUCAUUAUUAAUUAAAAUUUAAAGUUAAAUUCUCAGCCUCCAAAAGAAACUUUGGUUUCUGUAACUUGCUUCUCUGCAUGGGUACCUGGUAGUUUUAAAUUAAACUACUUAAAGUUGGUGCUGGACAAAUGUUGUGAUAGCAAAUCCCAGCUAUGCUAAGUCUCACAAUACUGUAAACAUAGAAAAACUUUAGUUUAAAAGUUGAUCAUGAUACCAAUCUUUGACUUCAGCGGAAGUUUUGGUUGAAUAAGAACUGCAAGAUUUUGUACUAAACAAAUAGUAUGGUUUCUAAAAAUAGAUUAUAUAUCUACAGCUUAGUGAACCUUAACCUAUACUAGUGUAUUUUACCAAUUACCUUGUUGCAUAAUAAUCUAUAGUAAAUGAAAUUCAUAUCCCAAAGUGUUUUGAAAGUAUUUGUACUGUUUUAAAAUAAUAUACGCAUUAGCAGUGCAGCUCUAUCAGAUAUGAUUCUGGAAGAAGUCAGAAUAAUGUGCUUCCUAUCUUUAUAAUUUAUCAUUAUAUUAUAGUGUUUCAUGAGAAGAUCCAAUUAGCAUUUUAAACUUUAAAGAAACCAAGUCAGUGUGAAUGAAUGUAGUUAACUGCAUCAUAAACACUAGGCGUUAACCCACUUAAAGACUGGUAGGUAUUUAAUGAGUUUUUACCAUUUCUUGUCUGUCCUUUCCAAGUUGUGUUAUAGACAACUUUAUAACAUGUUUAUGGAUCUGAGAUGACAAUAUAAACUUGGGUACUGAUUGAGACAGUUUAAAAUCACUCUUUUCUACACACCCAGCUUCCUUUUCAUAUGGGACUAUGAUCACAUUUCUUUAAAAAUCAUAGUUUCUUUUAUGCUAAUAUUCUCUUAAAACUAUAGUUUUUGCUGUUUUAACAGUUCCCUCCUGCAAACUAGAGGUGUGUGUGUGUGUGUGUGUGUGUGUGUAAUACACAGUGUAUAUAUGCAUAUAACAUAGCAAGUCUUUUAUAGACAACUGCAGAAUUGCACCUUUUAAAGUCAAUAUAUUUAGUUUCAUCUUUUGCAUAUGCUAUUCAAAGAAACAUACUUAAACAGUUCUCAAAUGGUUCCAAUAGUUUGUUAUAACUUUGCAUUCAAUUAACUCAUAUUUUUAGACCAGGUAUAUAUGUAAAUACAGCAUAAGAUGUAUUUUAUAAAGAUUUUGAAUUAAAUUUGUUUACCAAAUGUA